GUUAUGGGAUUAGGAGUGGAAGAUGGACUGAAUUAAGCGAUGACUUUAACUGGAAUAAGUAAAUAACUUAUGAUGGUGAAUAUAGAAAUGGCAAAAAAGUUGGUAUAUGGAAAAUUAAGUAUGAAGGAAACUAGAUGUAAAUUUAUUUUAAUCCAAUUAUUAUUUUCUAGUGGUGGUGGAACAUAUGAUGAAAGAAAUGGUGGGAUUAAAAUCUAAAAUUGGAAGGAGUUGAGCAAAGAAUUUAAAUAUAAUUCCAAAAAGAUUAUAAAUGGUGAAUACAAAAAUGGCAAAAAGGUAGGUUUAUGGAUGGAAAUAGAUUUAACAAACAAUUAGAUAUGCAAUGAAUUGAAAUAUGAUUAAUGA